AUGGCAAUGCGUCGAGGUCAACGAAGGAGCUCUAAACUCGAAGAGCUACUACCAAUACUUCUAACCAUCAAAGGCCUAGACCCCAAUACUAGCAACACGCGGGCCCCUGGAAAGCCGGGACAUGCCGACCCCGUACGGUGCGAACGACGGACGAAGAUUCCAUCGGCACGGAGACAACAACCCCUUUCGACCACGCACCACGUGGGCCAUCGGAGGAGUACCAACACACCAUUUCAGUUUUUCGAGCUACCCCAAGAGAUCCGUGACGAGGUAUACUCGUACCUAGUCGUCCAUCAAAGCAGCCCACGCUCGCCGCCCAUCCUCGACGCCACGGCAAUCUUGAAGAACCGAAAAAAGCGCUUGGCUGCCCGCAAAACACGGGACCGAAUGAACCUCCAACGCCUCUCGGAUGGAAAGCGGCCCAUAUGUCCCCGCGCCACAAACACGGAACCAAUCCUACACAUGGACCUCGUGCGCACUUCGCAAAGAUUAGCACACGAAGCGACUGAUUGCAUGUACACGAAGAAUUGGUUCGCAAUCUCGCUCAGCAAACUCCCUCAACCCACAUUCGAGAUACCGCAGGGUUGGGAUGUUUCGCGCAUCAAACGACUGCAAGUCGAAGUCCAACUAAAAGAUGCGAUACGCAUGAAUCGCUACAUCGACUGGGCGUCCUUCUUUGUUGCUUUUCCCUCGCUCCAGUUUCUGCGCAUAGUGCCUACAUUGCACCCGCGGUAUUACGAAUGGGCGCGUUCGGAGUUUUGCGAUUGGGCGUCUAUCCCGUUUGUUCACAAGGCAUUCUUUAGAGAGUUGCUUGCGGCUAUUCCGAGACAUGUUGAUCUCACUAUUGGGGUGCCGGUUGAUACAAAUGUGCAGCUUCAGGGAAAGGUGGCGCUUGAAGGAAAGUUGCUGUGGGAUAUGUAUAUUGAGUUGGGGAAUAGGGUUGAUGGCGCUGGCAAGUUGAUUCCUGUUAAUCGGGUGCUUGUCUGA